UUGACCCUGUUGGCAAAUGGUACUUUUUCAGAUUUUCUGAUGGUAAUAGUACCAAUGAUGCCUAUACAACACGAUUUACAAUUACCGAUUUAAAUGGUAAAUAUCCGCCAGCUCCAAGUCCUGCACCGGCGCCUGGAAAAAAUCCUGGUCAAAACGGCAAAAUAGUAUCCAAUUCAACCAACUCUGCAGCAGCUUCUUCAAUUAAUAGUGCAUCAACUUCCACACCAACUUCCACACCACCUUCUUCCAACGUUAACACGUCAAAUUCUUAUAAUAGUGACGUACCAGCGACAGAUACUGAACAAUCCGCACCAUCUGCACCAUCAAACACUGUACCAUCAAGCGUUAAACCUGCCAAACAAUCUGGUAAAACAGCAGCAGCAGAAUCAGCACCAAGUAAUAAAGUUAGCAAUGUAUCUAGCAGUGCAUCUUUCUUAGAAUACACCAAAAAAUUAAUGUUUAGUGUAUUAGUAGGAUUGACAUUAAGUUUUUUGAUGCUUCAUAUUUAA